UUUUGGCUCAAGGCCUUUGCCUUGUCUAUAGACGGAAGCCAUUUUCAUUUUGGCUUCCGUAGCCAUGAAGCGAGUCGGAAAGAAGUAGAAAGUAGUUGCGAUAUUGAUGUCCCUCACGAGAGCCUGAAUUAGAAUGUGAUCUCUCCUUAGGAAGAUGCGGCCGAGUCGCGGGGAAGUUCUUGAAAACGGAGAAUGUGGUAGUCUUUUUUUAUGGUUGCCCCUUAAAUUGUCAUAUUCAACCUGCUCACAGUCAGUCUCUUCCACUUCCUUAUAGAUUCGCGACAGCAUUUUGAACAUAUUUCAUUCGUCGAAAUAACUACGUUUCUCCACUUGUCUCAGCUGCACGAAAUAAUCGAAAGGUUUUUCAGUAGCUGUCUUCAGACUUGAUUGGAUUUGUGGAGCCACGCCUGUAAUUCUAAUUUCCAACAGAUCCGGGGGAACAUAAUAACCUGCUUUUCAUCUCGUCAGCACGUGAGAAUUUUGAUCCAUAAACACAACAGCACAACUCCAACUGUAGAUUCGGUUUAGAAAAUCGUCCAUGAGCAACGAGGAAAAGAAGUACGACAUUUUUGACGUGCUGCCAAACAGAAAAAUGUCUUACCCGAUCAAGGCUCAGUGCGUAGUGGCCCCGAAGGGCAAGCCCUGUCACGGCGGGGAGGAAGCGGCGGCCGGGUGCACCGGCGUGGUUUCGUUCGUGCAAGAAAGCGCGGAAAAGUGCGUCAUUUCCUGGGAUCUCAAGGGAUGCGGAAAGCCAGGACUUCAUGGGUUUCACAUACACGAAAAGGCUGACUUCAGUAACGGAUGCAUGUCAGCGGGACCGCACUACAACCCCUUUGGUAUACCUUGUUUACUAAGGAGUAGGAACUAGUUUUGCUACAAUCGACCAUGCCUCCGAAAUAAUCACAAAUUCAUAAGCUUAAGGUCGGCCUAGACAUCGAGGCUAUCAUUCGACUUCACGUCAAUCACAUGCGCGCAAAGAAAUGUAGUGUAAUUUCUGGGAACCGACUUUGCUAUCACGACCGACGCAUUCUAAAUCUUGUGCAUACUACGAAUUCGGAGAAAAAAAAAAGAAACACAUAUACCACGUCGGCGACGCUGCUGUAUGUAUCGAAAAAUAAAAAAGAAAAAAACUACGAAAAACAGGCAAGAAUCAUGGCGCGCCAACGGAUGAGGAUCGUCAUGUGGGAGACAUGGGCAAUAUCGAAGUGGACGCAGACGGAAACUCCAAGGGCUCUUUGACAGAUCACCUAAUCAAACUGGAGGGCGAAUACACCGUCAUUGGUCGCAGUGUCAUGGUUCACGAAGAUCCAGGUACUGAUCUGCACUCUGAUUCAGAACUUGUGAACCAAGUGCAACAUCAACCGUAUUCGUUGAAACUGAUCCAUAUGAUUUUUCAAAUAUCUUGAUUCGUCAACCUCCACUUCCACAUCCACAUCACUAUAACAGAUGACCUCGGCAAGGGAGACCACAGUGAACCGGGCGUAAACGGCAAGACCUCACUCACGACGGGGAACGCGGGUGCGCGUAUAGCCUGCGGAGAAAUCACAUUGUGCUAAAGCUACUACACGUAAUAUUCACUUCAUCGAUCCUGCUAGAAGUUCUUGUACAACAACUAGUUGAGAUCGUCCUGGAGGUGGUCCAGCGCACAUACUUUCCUUACACGACUUCCUCCUGAUCCAAGAAGAAAAUCCUCAUGUUGUAGAAGAACGACGAGAAACUGCUCGUGUGCAGAAACACCAUCAUCUUCACGUAACUAGCAUCCUUCGGGCACCAUCUCUUGAAAUCGAUCAAUUUUUAGGCUGCCUUCGCAGAGCCGAAUUUAGCGCGUCCUUCGACAUGGUUCUUAUGGGCGAUCAAACUACGAGUGCGAGUGCGACCAAUGUCUACUGCUGCUGCCGAUUUUCAAAGGCACCCGCUGAAAACUUUUUGAAUACGAGUGGUUAUUCCUCAUCUCAGUUGUACGACACAGAUUCGCACCUGGUUCCAAUCGCAACCUGGUCUUGUUUGCCGCCACGCAUCUUCCAUAGCCAUGGGCACAGUCAAUGUAACCCGUAUGGCCAUGGAGCUGGUGAAGCAAGGUGUCUGGUGCCAUCACCUCCUUUUAGAACACACGACUGCUACCAAAAGAAUCACCACUGCAGCUGCACGUACUACUCUUUACUAAAGCGCUCAUUUCAUUAUUUAACGGCCCGACUUGUUGAUGAUUGAUGGAGGUGCACAAGGGCGCUCCGGCGCUCUCCACUCCUCCAAUUCUGUUAUAGCACCGUGUGCAUUUCACGCCGACGGUUUCGAGACUCUGUCCCUUUGCCGCUUGUACCGCAACUCUGAGACACACAUGAGACGUAGGUCACCUAGCAUUCGCGGAACAAU